AUGACAGAUCCAACACAGCGCCGCUUCCGCGGCAGCGCAAAGAUCAGCGAAUAUGAGAUUGUGAACGAGAAGCUCGGCGAGGGCACAUUCGGCAUUGUCUCCAAGGCGCGCUCGUUGCGAAGCGGCAAGAUUGUCGCUUUGAAGAAGAUCCUCAUGCACAACGAGAAGGAGGGUUUCCCAAUCACUGCGCUACGAGAGGUGAAGCUGCUGAAGAUGUUGAGCCAUCCGAACAUUCUGCACCUGGAGGAAAUGGCAGUGGAGAGACAGCAAGUGGACAAGAAGGCCAAGACAGGCCAAAAACGGGCCAUACUAUACAUGGUCAUGCCAUACAUGGACCAUGAUCUCAGCGGGAUGCUCACAAACCCCGCGAUUCAAUUCACCAUCCCGCAGAUCAAGUGCUACAUGCAACAAUUACUCGAGGGUCUGCGAUAUCUCCACGACUCUCACAUUCUUCACCGAGACAUGAAGGCUGCCAACAUCCUCAUAUCAAAUCGCGGCAUCCUCCAAAUCGCAGAUUUCGGCUUGGCGCGGCAUUACGAUGGACUCACACCCCAGCCCGGUCAAGGCAACGGCCAGGCGGUCAGAGACUACACAAGCCUCGUCGUCACAAGAUGGUACCGACCUCCAGAGCUCUUACUUACACUCAAGCGGUACACACCCGCCAUCGAUUUGUGGGGUGUGGGCUGUAUAUUUGGCGAGAUGUUCGAGCGUAAGCCAAUCCUCGAAGGUCGCACGGACGUCGACCAGUGUGUCCGAAUCUUCAAGCUUGUUGGAUCCCCGACUGAGCAUUCAAUGCCCGGAUGGUCGGAUCUGCCUGGCUGCGAAGGACACAAGGAAUGGCACUCCAACAAAGGCGACAUCGACCAGAGGUUCGGCUCAAAGCUCGGUUCCGAAGGACUGAACCUGCUUAAGCAGCUUCUUAAUCUGGACUGGCGAAGACGCAUCAAUGCGGUGGACGCGUUGAAGCACCCUUACUUUACCACAGCUCCUCUACCCAUUCGCGCGGAGGACAUUCCGAAAUACGAAGACAGCCACGAACUGGAUGCCAGACGUCGCGGCCAGGACAAACCCCGCGACUUGCCGCCUGCGCCAGCCGGUGGAACAGUCGGAAUGGGACCAAAGGGAUGGGACGGACAGGGCAAUGGUAACGGCAAUUACCAGAGCUAUGGCCAUGACGAUCGGCGGGGUGGCCGCUAUGACCCCCYAGGCGUACACCGAGCUCCACUGCCGAGAGAGUACGAUAGUAGAGACGGAAGAGGUCACGCGCCUCUGCCUCCCGCUGGCGCCAGGCAGCCGGACCGAUGGCCGCCGCAAGACCCCGCAGGUCGACGGCCAGCGCCUCCCGUGACCAAUGGUCACUCACUCCCACCACGCCCGCCUGAUGUCCUACCCCGUGGCGAACCAUCUGUGGCGAACGUUCGAGGUGGCCCACUACUGGAUACAUAUGUUCCGUCGUACCAGGGAGGUAGCGGCGGCGGUGCAAGCCAGGGACACGACGGUAGACCCCCACCCAGAGAGCGGGAUCGGGACCGCGGAAGAGAUCGAGACCGAGAAGGGUCGUACGAUCCAUCACGCUCAUAUCGCGACAACGACGCACCUCGCCAAUACCGCGGCUCGGACGCAGGAGGAUAUAGAGACCGUGAUCGCGAUAGAGACAGGGAUCGGGAUCGGGAUCGAGGUGGGUACUCGCGGCCACGAGAUGAGCAGCCUAGGCGGACACGAAGUAGAAGUCCUUUGCAGAAGGAAAGGCUACAGGAGCGGGAGCGUAAUUUUUACAGACAGGAGGACCGGAGGUAG